AUGUCCAUCAUCCGGAGCACCGAUGCCCCUCGCGCAUAUUCAACUGCCAAUCUAGCCGAACAAUUCAUAAUCGCCUGCUUCAUCGCCAUCGCCUGGUACAAUGCCAUCGAACUUAUCGUCCUCUGCUUCACCACCUUCAAGAAGUAUGGCGGCUUCUACUUCUGGGCCCUCCUUGUCUCCUCCAUCAGCAUCCUUCCCUUCGGCUUCGGCUAUCUCCUCAUAAUCUUCAAUAUCUACCCUGGCUACUUCGCCGUGGCCGUCGAGGAGGUGGGAUGGUGCGCUAUGGUCACCGGACAGUCCCUCGUCCUCUGGUCCCGGUUACAUCUCGUCGUCUACUCCCGCAAGGUCCUGCGCGGCACCCUGGCAAUGAUCAUCGUCGACGCGGUCAUCCUCCAUACCACAGGCUGGAUUCUCGAGUUCGGCGCCAACUCCAAUCAGGCCUCGCGCUUCACCCAGCCGUUUGAAAUCUUCGAGCGCGUCCAACUCGUCGGGUUCUCCCUCCAGGAAAUCAUCCUCUCAAUAGUGUACACCAAGGCCGCCAUUCGGCUCCUCAAGCUCCGUCCUCGGCGGCAGUACCGCUCCACGCUGGUCCAGCUGGUGGUUGUCAACGUCCUCUUCAUCCUCAUGGACGCCGCCAUCGUGAGCUUCCAGUACGCAGGGCUCUUCCGCAUCCACGUCUCUUUCAAAGCGAUGGUCUACAGCGUCAAGCUGAAGCUGGAGUACGCCAUCCUGGGUAAACUGGUCCACAUGUCGCUCAUGUCGCAUUCGAACUCGGCGCCGACAGAUCCAUCCGAUGCGCUGGAGAUGUCGCGCAGGACGAACAAUCGGUCUCAUGUGGAGCAGACGAGGGCACAUCGGGAGAGUCAGACGAGUAUCAUUCGUGAUGGGGACGGGUUCCUCGAUGGUGAGGAUCUUGCGGAUUGUUCGCGUAUGGGGUCCUCCAAGGGGUCGUUUCCGUCCACGACUAAAGAGCCCGAGGCUGCGUGCGUUGAAGUGGGCCAGAGGGUGUGA